GAAGCCACCAACUCAGCUGUUGCAGUGUUACCAGGUGGUGCGACGAUACCAGAUGUCCAGACCGGUGUUUUUGGAGAGGCAGCCACACUGAUCCCCAAAUUACUUAACAUGUUCCAAGGAUUGAUUCAAAGGACCUGCCUGCUGGUAGCGACCACCGCGGAGACGCUGCUCGUGCGCCAAAAACACGCUUUUGACCGCGCUGUGCUGAAGCCCAAGGUGCGGUGCCACUUCCCAAAACCGAAGGAAGUUAAAAGGAUAAAAGUCCAUGGAUGGGACGCGAGGAUGUCCACGCCUGAGGGCCGCAGGGUGAUAAUGCGCCGCAUACUCAAGGGUCGCCACGAUCUAACGCACUAGUUGUUCGAUAAUAAAUUUGUUUUUAUUUAAACUUAA